AGAGAAACGAUCAGGAUAGGUUAUGAAGGGAAGGAAACACAUCGGCAACAUAAAAAUUGCAUAAUAUGUAUAGCUAAACAGAACAUUAAAAUGAAUACAGCACUGAAGCACUGGAAGGAGGCGGCGACAGUGAUUUUAACUGCUGGGACGAGGUGUAGACCUGCUGUUGACAGUUUGAAAAGAAGUAAAGUCCCUUCACCUUUAAGCUGCUCCAAGUCGGAACUACCACACAAGUCUGUUUUUGACUAUGAGGUGUUGUUGCUGAAGCGAAGUGGUAAAAGCGGGUUUAUGCCUAAUGCUUAUGUUUUUCCUGGUGGAUUGGCGGACUGCUCGGAUUUUUCCAGCGAUUGGCUUGAGACUUUUCAGUCCUUCCGGCACUCGCCGAAUUUUGGUUUAGGGGUUGUCAAACAGUCUCCAGAGACUAGACCGCCUAUAUUUGCGACGGACCGAGUAAAACUAGGUUCUCCCAUACCAGGGGAAGUUGCCUUCAGGAUCUGUGCCGUGAGGGAGACAUUCGAAGAGUCAGGUGUACUACUGGUUGUACCUAAAAAUGAAGAGCAUAGUAUUGUUAAUAGUUUGAAUCAAAGUGGAGACAGCAACAUUCCACCUUCCCUUACGAGGAUAACCGAAUUGUGGGACACGCGUGAACUUGCUAAGUGGAGGUCCCUGGUAAUUGAGAACCCUUUUAAUUUUAUUCGUAUGUGUAAAGAACUUGACUGCAUACCCAACAUAUGGGCAAUGCACGAGUGGGGCAACUGGCUGACCCCCACAGGCGUCUAUGGUAAAGAGAGGAGGUACGACACCGCCUUUUUCAUUUGCUGCUUGCAGGAGACUCCACAUACCGUUCAAGACGAAAAGGAAAUUGUACAUUUUAAGUGGUCCACUCCCUCUGAGGUCCUGCAGCGCUACCAGGCCCGGGAACUCUGGAUAGCACCACCGCAGUUCUACGAUCUUGGCCGAAUGUGUCAAUUCCCGCAGCUGCAGGACCUGCACAAUUUUGCCAGGAUUAGAGCCCUGGAGGGAUGUGAACAGUGGCUGCCAGUACGACUGGUCUCUGCUGACUGUUACAUAUCCCUUCUACCAGGUGAUGGGCUGUAUCCAUCAAAAAUGGACAGAUCAGGGCGAAGCGAUGUGAACUUGAGCACAGAGAAGAGUUUCAAGGAGCUGCAACAGGAGAGCUCAGUCCUGCACCGCAUUGUGAACUUUGACCUUUACACCUCAUCUGUCCACGUGAACAUCACACCCAAGUACAAGCACCUGCUGCCCAUUGGUGCAGCUCAGGACUGCUCCUCAAAGUGCAAGAGCCAGCUCUGAACCAUUGUGGCGGACACCCAUACCACCUCAGGACCUCAUGGCAAAACUGUACUUGUCUGCACUGAAUGUAUUUUACUUCCUUCCCCUCACAUGCAGUGAAAUAUGCAUUUUAUGAAUGGUAGCUCUUCUGAAUUAAUACUUUUGUUCAAAAUGUCUGUUUUGACAAGGUGAGCUUAGGUCAGGGAUCUGGGUUAAUAUUCAGAGAUGCCAGUUCGACGUCCCACGUGCAGCACUGUUCUUCAUUUGAUCAAGGUGCUUAACCUGACUUGCUUCAAAGAUUCAGCCUUCUAAAUGGAUCAUUUGCAAUAAUUUAAGCUAUAUACAUUACCUUGGAUACAACUGUGGUAGACUAAUAAUAAUAAUAAUAAUAAUAGUAAUAAUAACAGGAACAACAGUAUUAAUAAUAAUACAAUAAUAUGCGUGCAGUCAGUCAUUACAGCAAACAGGUAGCAUGAGGAGGACAUUUGUGUAUCCUAUAUUUAUUUUUUUGUGUGGAAUUGUGUUCUUUAUGAGAGAUUCUUGCUGCAUACCAAAUUGCACACCGGUAGAACAAAGGCCUACUGAUUGAUUUAAUCUUGAAUAUUGACAUACAGAGUUGUUGUUGAUCAAAUUUCAGGCCAUUCCAGCCAAACAUUCGACAGGUUGUUUUGUUUGCUACACAUUAUAUUUAUGAUCACCAAAAGCACGAAAUUCGAAGGCUUAUGGCAGCCAUAUUUUUAAAUAUUACAUUAAGUUUUAGAGACAUGUUUCCACGUGUGGUACAGUACAGGCGUGUUAAAUUCAUUGUCAUUUUUAGACAAAAAUAUCAUAUGCAUAAAUCCUUCAAAUUGAUUGGCUUAUGGUGGUGACUUUGUCAAUGUAGGAAACAUAAUAA